AUGAGCACAGAAAGGGGACAACAGGUCGUCAUUGAUACCACCUGCACCACAAUCCACACACUGGGGAGGCAAAACGGGAGUGAGGGCAGGCGGCUCCGCUACAUGCAGAAAGAUGGGAGGUUUCCUGUGGUUUUCCAGAAGGCCCCUGGAGACUGGAGCCCGUACCUGAUGGACAUCUUCACCACUCUUGUAGAGAUCCGCUGGAGGGUGAUGCUCCUCAUAUUUUCCCUCUCUUAUAUUCUCUCUUGGCUAUUUUUUGGUCUCUGUUAUUGGCUCAUUGCAUAUGUGCAUGGAGACACUGAAGAUGUCGACAACGAACCUUGUGUGGACAACGUGCGCGGCUUUACUGGAGCGUUUAUGUUCUCAAUGGAGACCCAGGCAACUAUUGGCUAUGGCUUCAGGGGGAUGACUGAGAACUGUAUUGUGGCCAUUAUUGUGGUCACAGUUCAAGAUGUGUUUAGUUGCCUCCUAGACACCAUUGUCAUUGGUAUUGUUGUGGCUAAGAUGGCAUCUGCUCGUAAGAGAGCUCAGACGGUGGGUUUUAGCAAUUGUGCAAUAGUCAACCUGCGAGAUGGGGUUCUGUGUCUGUCAUGGCGCCUCGGGGACUUCAGAGGUAAUCACAUCCUGGAGGGGGUCGCCAGGGCCCAGUUAGUCAGCUAUGUAAAAAAACCACUGGGGUCUAUUGUGAUGUCCUAUCAGGACCUGGACAUCCAGAACCGGGACCUUGUCCUCGCCACACCAGUCACCAUUGUUCACAAGCUGGAGCCUGGCAGUCCUCUCUACAGCCUGGGCCCUGAUGACCUGCUGGACGACGAAUUUGAACUGGUGGUAUCUUUCACCUACACUGGAGACUCCACAGGUAUGCUCCACCAGACCCGUACCUCCUACACACCGGCGGACAUCCGCUGGGGUCAGCGUUUCCAGGACAUGUUGAAACUUGGCAAGAAGCACUACAAGGUGGACUACGCUCUGUUCAAUGAGACCACAUGGGUGCCGGUGCCCCAGCUCAGUGCUGAGGAAUAUGACAGAGAGAGAUGUCCUGUAGAGGAUGGUCAGUCCCACAGCCUGCUCUCACCAUCAGUCAAGAGAAACGGACACACUUUCCAGGCGAAUCUUGACUUCACUGGAGAGGUGAUGCACCAAACCUCUUUGUAACUUAAGCAAACAAAGAAAUACAUCACAGUGCAUGGUGGG